AUGGUUAGGGCUGACGCAUCCGUCAACAUCAAGGUGCUUCUAAAUGCAACGGCAGCACACUUUGGCUUCAGGCCUACAUACCGGAGGGUAUGGAUGGCGAAGCAGAAGGCGGUAGCAAUCAUCUACGGGAACUGGGAUGAGUCGUACAACGAGCUCCCUCAGUGGGUCUUAGGAGUUCAGUUGACUAUGGCUGGCACUGUAGCAGUCCUCAGGACCUGCCCUGUUCGAGUUGGUGGACAGGACGGGAAUUCCAACAUACUCCCUGUGGCAUUCGCACUAGUUGAGGGUGAGAAUGCUGAGUCAUGGUCCUUCUUUCUCUCCCACCUCCGUCAGCACGUGACACCUCAGCCAGGUCUGUUAGUUAUUUCAGAUAGGCAUAACGGUAUCAAGGCAGCACUUGAGGCACCUGAUGGGGGAUGGCUACCUCCGUCUGCAUACCGGACAUUCUGCAUUCGACACGUUGCAGCGAAUUUCGCCCUGACCUUCAUGGGCAAAGAUGCCCGGAGGCUUCUUGUGAACGCCGUAUAUGCGAAGAUCGAGGUGGAGUUUGACUACUGGUUCGACAUCCUGCGCUCUGAGAAUCCGGCAAUGUGUGACUGGGCGAACCGAAUUGAGUACUCGUUGUGGACACAGUACUGUGAUGAGGGUCGGAGAUUCGGGCACAUGACGACCAAUAUUUCAGAGUGUGUCAAUUCAAUCCUGAAGGGGGUAAGAAACCUCCCUGUUUGCUCACUGGUGAAGGCCACAUACGGAAGGCUGGCUGAGCUAUUUGUCCGUAAGGGUAGGGAGGCCGAGGCUCAGAUGGGUACUGGACAACAAUUCAGUCAAUACCUAGUAAAGUGUAUCGAGGCCAACCUGAAGAUAGCCAGGUGCUUCACGGUGACUGUUUAUGACAGGGAUAACUCGGAGUACACUGUGGCUGAGACGACUCCGACAGGUUCAUUCUCACUUGGUACGUACAGGGUCUCAUUAGGGUCCACGACUUGUGAUUGUGGAUACUUCCAGUCACUUCAUUUCCCGUGUCCUCAUGCACUGGCCUGCUGUGCUUAUUCUCGUCUUACAUGGCAGCCUUACGUCCACCAGGUCUAUCGCCUUAGUUCCAUUUUCGGUGUCUAUCAGAUGGGAUUUACACCUCCCAUUCCGGAGGGUUUCUGGCCACCAUAUGCCGGGCCUACCGUUAUACCGGAUCCGAACAUGAGGCGUGCGAGGGAGGGUCGUCCAAGGUCCACACGUAUUCGCACCAACAUGGAUAAUGCAGAUCCGAACCGGCCAAAGAGAUGUGGCCUCUGCAGGCAGUCAGGACACACCCGUCGUAGUUGUUCACAAGCCGCAGGACCCAGCGGGAAUGCAGGGAAUUAA